AAACCCCAGAGGGCAACAAACUUGCCCGACCCGCCUCCCGACUCCAACCAGGCCGCACCUCCCAAGCGGCCAACAAGCCCAAUCCAUGGCUUGCGAAGCGCACAACGCGGGGCGUCGGCCGACCGCUAGCGGAGGAAGGGCAAGACAGCCGUCCCCUUCCCCGCGCCGCCGACCCAAGCGACCGCCCCCGUCGCCACCGCAGCAGCAGCAGCAGCCGACAUGGAGGCUGAAGCGGCCGCGGCCGCGGCAACCGCGACCUUCGUCUACGACGCCCUCCCGGGGCUAACCCUGGCCUUCUCGCCGGAGGAGGUCCUUGACGGCGGCGCCGAGCCCCGCCCGGCCCCCGCCGCCGCGGGGCAGGACGAGGAUGACGCGACCGCGACCUACGCCGUAUUUCGCAACGAGAUCACGGCGGCCGGGGAUGCGCUCGUCGACAUCCCCGCAGCCGACUUCUUCUCGCUAGACGUCUCCGCCUCCGCCUCCGUCGAGGUCGAGCCGGAUUCCCCGCAGGCGCCGGCGCCUGCCUCAACGGCGGCGGUGACGCCCUCGAGCUCCCGCGCCGCGGAUGAGCAGCCAGUGCAGGGGUCGGAGCGCGCGUGGUUCAUGGGAGGGAGGCGGUUCAGGAGCCCCAUGCUGCAGCUACACAAGGAGAUUCUUGACUUCUGCGAUUUUAUCUCACCUUCUGCUGAAGAGCAAUCUUCACGGACAGCUGCUGUGCAAGCUGUCUCCGAUGUUGUCAAACAUAUAUGGCCUCAGUGCAAGGUGGAAGUCUUUGGAUCUUUCAGAACAGGGCUCUAUCUACCAACAAGUGAUAUUGAUGUUGUUAUAUUCGAGUCCAGGGUUAAGACUCCUCAAGUUGGCCUAUAUGCUCUUGCAAAAGCAUUGACUCAGAAAGGUGUUGCUAAAAAGAUACAGGUAAUUGCAAAGGCUCGUGUGCCAAUUGUCAAGUUUGUGGAAAGAAAUAGUGGAAUAUCUUUUGACAUCAGCUUUGAUGUGGAUGGUGGGCCGCAAGCAGCAGACUUCAUCAAGGAUGCUGUGAAGAAGUUGCCUGCUUUAAGACCUUUAUGCAUGAUCCUGAAGGUUUUUCUGCAUCAAAGAGAGCUCAAUGAGGUCUAUACAGGUGGAAUUGGGUCAUAUGCUCUUCUCACGAUGCUGAUCACACAUCUACAGUUGGUCUGGGGAGGAAAAGAUAUUCUGGGGUGUCAUCAGUCCAAGGAGCACAAUUUGGGAAUUCUUUUGGUCAAGUUUUUUGAUUUUUAUGGACGCAAGUUGAACCAUUGGGAUGUUGGAAUAUCUUGCAACUCCGCAAGGAACUUUUUCUUGAAGAGAGAUAAAGACUUUGUGAAUCUUGACCGGCGACACCUUUUAGCUAUUCAAGACCCCAUGGUACCAGAUAAUGAUAUUGGAAAGAAUUCCUUUAACUAUUUCAAGGUGAAAUCAGCAUUUUCGAACGCAUUCUCUGUGUUAACUGAUGCAAACUUGAUUACAAGCUUGGGACCUAAUAGGAGUAUUCUGGGUACCAUUGUCAGACCAGAUUCGGUUCUCCUUGACCGGAAAGGCUGGAACAAUGAAGGCACGAUAGCUGACAUGUUAACAGAACCCUGGGAACCAGUAACCCGACAGUUUGACAGUGAGAAUGAUGCUAUGUAUAAUUGGCAGGUAAUAGACGAGGAACCAUUUCCCAGAAAUAGUCAAUCCACAUCUGAGGACACUAGUUCGUCACCAUUGCAAAAAAGGAAGUCCAAAUCAAAUCAGAAAUCACGAAAAAAGGCUAAGGCUGAUGUCUCGGGCAGUGAUAAUGUUACAAACGGGUUCAGAGAGGAUAGAGUCCACAAGCGGGUCAAAGGAUUGGUACAAGGUGAAAGACGGCAUCAUAGCGCAGGAAGCAGCAAACGUAGAAAAGGACCAAGGGUGUAUGACAGAUUUACAAAUACACUCCCACAGUACGCCCACGUUAGUAAGUGGUGACAUAUAGGAGGUUACUAACUGUAUGGUUUCAAAGGUCCAACAAAAUUUGACAGCAAGAAGAGCAUCAUGCUACAUUAUGGCAUGCCUGCUGAAUUUCGAAGUCACCAACAGCUUUAUCGAAGCCUCACUGUGUUAUUAUUAUUAUUUGUUUAUGUAUUGGAUUACAAUCCUUUUCGCAACGAUCAACUAAGAUUUUUAGCUAUAUUAUUUGGGUUGCAUCAAUUUUGGAAACUAGAUUGUAUUUUUAGUUGUUUAGGUAUCUGGUUGUGAUAAAAGUUCAGACUUUUCGGUUGAA